UUUAAGAACUCUUAAAUACGAAAGGUUCUGUUUUAUAUUCUCUUUAAAUAUUUACAUAAUCUUCCAGAGAUACGAAUAAUUUUUAUUUAUCUGUGAAUUAUAAAUAAGAAAUCUUCAUAUUUUUCUUUUUGUUCAGAUUUCCUUUGGCAGAAUGCAAAAUAUUCACGAAGGAAUUAUUCCAUCCGAACGGUAUCUUCUUCGCACAGGUAAUGUGCAGUUAUUAGUCGUUAUACCACUUACAAAAGACAAUGUCGUUAUCGGUAGAUGUACCAAUUUGCAUUUAAAAUUAAGUCCUCACGUAUCCAGAAGACACGCUGAAAUGCAUAAAACCAAAAAUGGUGUCUGGUACAUAAAAGAUUUAAACAGUAGCAAUGGACUUUACUUAAAUAAAGAAAAAAUAAAACCAGAUAUAUAUUUUGAAGUGAACGACGGUGACGUUAUCGGAUUUGGUGUGCCACACGUAAAGAAUGAAACCGAUUUCGAGUUUAUCUUAUGCAGGAAACGUUAUAACACCAGACAAGUUAAAACAAGACCGAUUUUGAUUCCCGAUCCGUAUUAUAAAUUGGCAUUACAAACGAAAAAACACAAAGUGGCCAAAUCUAAAUACAAGAGAAUCAAAUUAUGUAAUUGUGAUUCUGGCGAAUCCAUUAAUGGUUCCUCUACACAGGAACCAUUAAUGAAAACCAGAAUAAAAACAGUUGAAAAAAUAGAUAAUGAAGACAAUAACGAUUGUAAACAGUUUAAAAUAGAUAAAGAUUUACAUAUAAUUACAUCAAGCAACGAAAGAAACAAUGUUAAAACUUCAUACCCUAGUAAAAGAGAAUCGUCAUUACGGAUCGCAACUCCAUUACAAAAUUUAGAUAAAUUGCAAAUUAAUUAUUCAUCCUCGAAAACAUUUAAUUCGGAAAGUAUUAAAUUUAUUUCUUCUGACAAUAAAUCACAAACUACAUCGUUAUUAUCAAAGGAAAAAAAUUUAAACAAUAGGGAAUCUGAAAACAUCGAAGAAUUUUCAGUAGAUAAGAAUACCUCUGAGAAUGAAACCCGAAUUCCUCGUGGAAAUAAAUUAUACGAGGAGAAUAAGAACUUUUAUAUACCAUUUCUGAAAAGUUUUGAAACUUCUAGAUGCUACCCAAAUAUUGUAUAUAAUUUGGAGAGUUCUAAACAUUUCACAGAAAUUAUCGUUGAUAGAAUUAUAGCAGUUAUCUUAGAAUGGAUGAGAAGAAAACAAACUUCAAAAAUCAAUUUCGAUUAUUUGAUGAAAGUUUCUCUUCAUUACGAUUCGUACGAAAAAUAUUUCAAUACGUAUUUCCAAUUACUCGUGCUCGAUUUAUUCGAAUUUAUAAAUCAAUCACCCGACGAAUACAACAACAAUCAAUUCGAUGCAAUUAUUUUAGAAACUUCAGUAACAGAACUUUGGUGUAUUAAAUGCAAAAUGCUACAUAAAGAGAAUUUUAAUGUAAACGAUUUGGUUGUCUUUCGAGUGGUUUCGGUUUCGGAUAAUAUGGAAAAUACCUAUAAAUUUGGUAUUGUUACCGAACGUUUUCGGUACAAUAACAUCGAGAAUAACUACAAUAACGAAUAUUUAAUUAAAAUCCUUAAACAAUACGAUCUGGUUUUAACACCGGGAGUUGGUAUCAGAAUAUCUUUUGUUUGUAACAUAACCCACUUUAUACAGCAGUGCGAAGCAUUAGUGUGGUUAAGACAAUCGUCGUUCCUCAAGCAGAUAAUCAAACCAGAUUUUGAAUGUUGCAAAAUACAAUCCGCCACAGAAAAUCCACUGGUGGCACUCAAUCGAUAUACCUCCUGUCAAGGGAAUGCUGUUAUAAAUAUAUCACACACGUUAGUUGAUUCGAAUAACCGUUGCAUUCUCAUGCUUCAGACACCACCGGGUACGGGAAAGUGUCAUACUGUUACCGGUAUUAUACAGCAGAUUUUAUUGCAGCACGAUGAUAAAUCGAAAAUUUUAGUAAUGUGUCUAUCGGAAAGAAGUAUCGAAGAAAUAGGACAGAAGUUAUACGAUUUGAAUAACGAAAAUAUACGUUUUGUUUGUAUUGGUAAACACCAGAAAAAUUCAAAACCAUUUUAUUUGGAAGAAACAAUCGAAAGAAAUUUAAAGAAAAUGUCUCCUACUAUUGUUAAUUUUAAUUAUUCGGGUUUAGUAGAAAAUCUUAAAAAUGAAAUUAUAAUUAAUGCAAACGUAAUAUUGGCAACAAUCGAUAAUUUAAAUUCCGAAUUAAUGAAUUUCAGAAAGGAAUUUACUUGUUGUAUUGUGUACGAUUCGACACAACUCACCGAACUACAGAAUUUAAUUCCAUUACAAUUUGGUAUAGAAAAGUUACUGCUGGUAGGAGAUCCACGAAGAUUUUCGGCUCCGUUAUUGUCCAAAACCGCCUACGAAUACGGUUUUCACGUGUCGUUAUUCGAAAGAUUUUUCAAUUAUUUCGAAAGAUCGACCGACAAAAGUCCGGUGUUAAUGUUAUGGUUGCAAUAUCUAAUUCAUCCCGAUAUAAUUCGUUUUCCUUCUUCUUAUUUUUACUGUAAUAAUUUGAAAUCUGCCAAUGUUUCGAACGAACUUUCAAUUCUUCCUUAUUGUGUCUUGGAUCUGAUCGACGUCAAAAGCCAAGAUAGUUCGACCCCGGAGAUGAAAUUUAUUGCCGAAUUAUGGGAUGGCCUUUCAAACAUAAUUCCCGAAGACAAAACUGUAGGAGUGGUUACCAACUAUAGACAUCAGAGAGAUACAAUAAGAGAUAUCUUAAUGGAUAAUGGUAAAUAUAGUCACGUCAUUUCAUUGUAUUCUUGUGAAGGUUUACUCGACUGUCCAAUAUUUGAUGUCGCUAUCGUUUUGUAUUCAGCUCCGAACGAUGAAGCGAAUUAUAAAAUACUAAAUACAUUACUGACACGAGCUAAAUCUUCGUUGAUUUUAUGCGGAUAUUUUAGUAUUAUGAGCGAGUACCAUUUUUGGGACGAGUUAAUCAAAGAUGCUAAAAGGAGGCAAAUUUUAUUUCGAAUUCCUUCUUCUUGCAGUUAUUUUGCGUGUGAAAUUAUCAAAACCAAGAAAUGGAUUCUUUUCUCGGCCGUUUAAUAAAAAUUAUACAAAACUUCGCCCUAAUUUUUAUGAAUUUUAAAAGAAUUAAUAAAAUUGUUUAUCCUUAUU